CAUCGCAUAAACAACACUCAGUUUGUAAGUUCACUUUUCUUUUGUAAUUUUAUUAAUUGAAUUCAUCCGUCUUUACUGAUUGUUCUUCUUCAUCAGGUUGCUUAAUUGGAUUAAAGGAUAGAAAAUGGAAGAUGUGCUGACAGAGAUUCCUCCACCUUCAAGGUUCUUUCAGGAAGAUCUCUACAACUUUGCUCCUCCAUCACCACCUCUUCCAUCUCCCUUCAUCCUGUUCUCUAAUCCUAAGCCUAAUAUACCUCUUCGCCCCUCUCUCGUCAUCAUUGCCCUAUCUUCUCCAUCCCUCUUCCUCGUCAAUCAUAUAUCCUCUAAAACCCUUAUCGGAAGUCUAAUCCUCCCUGAGAUUCCCUUCUCUGGAAACUCUAUUGAACCGUCCCUUGGAGACAAAUCAUGCAAUAUUUAUGCCAUCAAUGACACAGAUGAUAGUAUUCUUUUUAUACCUGUUCAGUGCCCAGUUGCUGCAGAGAGAUCUCACAUUGUUGCAAAGUUGUUGAUUGGUGAACAAAUUGUUCCUGAAAGGGUCCUGAUUUUGGAUUCAGUUCAGACCCGGAACUUUAGGGGUAAACUCUCACUGGAUGAGACCUGUGCUUUCAAGCUGGAGACUUCAUCAGAAAGAAAAGGAGGCUCUUCAUUGCUAAAAGAUGUAGACUAUUUCCCAUCAGGAAGUAUGGUUGAUGGUUUUGCCGCUGCUUUGUUGGGUAGAUGUCAAUUGAAGAAGAUCAAGGGAACUCUGUGUGUCUCAUGGCCUGAAUAUGGUGGUUCUGUGGUGUCACUGCUCAAAUCUCUACUGCAUAAGAAUGUGCUGACUGGUGUGGACUUUAGCUUAACUGAUGGUGAGGAUAGCUAUUCGAGGUUCAACCAGAUUAAGAAUCAUCCUUUUGAUUCUGAACUAUAUACCUGAUGUACUAGGUUUAAGGUGCUUUUUGGAUUAUGCUAACUCUAAUUUUCAUUUUUUUUCCCCUUUUCUACUGUACUUUGACUUGUUUUUGUGCUGUUAAGAAAAAUGUCUUCGUAAAAGAGAACAUGCCCAAGAAGGAUUUUAUUUUUUGCUUGCUAUAAAUUAUAAUGCCGUGGUUUUGGUUCUUAAUAGAAAAACUUGUUUUUG